AUGCUCGCACCUUCCUCCCUUCUUUCGACACGAUCAACAUCGCCCACGUCAUCACAGCUGUCAGCCCUGACAUCACCCCCAUCGCCCAAUGGAUCAUCUCAACCACAUUCAAUGCACUCCCCGAACAACCUGACGGCCUUCAGCAACCAGAUCGCCUUGGCAACGCAAACACCACGACAGACUGAAGCAGAUUUCGAGAUCACACCACUGGACUUGUCCACCGGCUCAGGUGCUUCUCCUGCACAGCUGUACUUCUCAGACAUCAUUAUCCCACCCUACCUACGUCUUAACGACGUCUGGAAAGAUAUCCGCGAGGUCCUUCCGCCAUCCCUCCAAGAGGUGCUUUCCCAUUAUGAAUACACUACAUCGCUGUCUCGUGCUUCCGACGAUCCAGCAAAAGCGGCGUGGCAAACCUGCGUUCCAGAGAUGGCACACCAGCAUGAGUUUCUCGUCAAUUGCGUGUUGUCAGUCGCCUCGUUACACCUAGGUCGACUUCGAGAGGACCAAGCGGAGAAGAGAAAAAUGAAUGCUAUCGCUGCAUCACGUAUGAACAAAGCACUCACGAAGUACCGUUCAGCUUUGGAAAACAUCAACCAAGACAAUGCUGCCGCGCUAUUCGCUAGUUCAACGCUUACUGCCGUUUACUUAUUUCGCACUUCUCAGCUCGAUAUCCAAAACCUCCGCGCUUCCGUUCCAUCAGACACCGUUGUGCCACCUCCAGAUGUGGUGGACAAGAUGAUGAUGUGUGCAUUACGGUCAAUCUGGGGCCUCAGAGGCCCACUCAGUGUGCUCAUGAGCGGAUGGAACUUUGUGAUGAGCGGCAAAAUGCACCCUGUUGCUCAUCGGGAAUGGUGGCCGACGAGCUUCAUCCCAGCCACUCCACAAGCAGUGGACGAAGACGAACGCCUCAGAAGAAUAGAAGCGCUCUGGACAAGGAGUGAUAGAUCAUGGGCACCCGGGCACAUCCACCUUAGCCAAGCGUUAUCCAUCUUGCGAGAGACGUUUAAUUUGAUCAGUCAAUUGACCUUACCUGCGAAGUACCCGCCCAUGACAGCAGUCCCUUACUCGGUGGACGACACGACAGUCGGUCUGCUGACCGACCGAGGAGCAAUAUUCGUCUGGGCAACCAGAAUAUCUCGAGAGUUUAUACAACUGGUUGAGAAGAAAGACCGAGAUGCCCUAGUCAUCUUGGCGCACUACGCCAUACUACCAGGUCGCGUACGCAACGUGUGGUGGCUUGAGGGUCUGGGAGCCGACUUCGUAACGGCGAUUGCCAUGGCACUGGGAAAAGAGAACUGGUCCCUGAUUGCAUGGCCAGCAAGCGUUGUAGGCGUGGAACUAGAAAACGCAUUUGGUGCUAGGCAAGAUCGGCUGGAGGGGACCCCUGAUGAGAUGCACAUGGCGGUGAUCUAA